UUCGAGCUUUAAUAUAAUCUUAGCAGAUAUAAAAUAUAACAGAUUGUUCAAUUCUUGCCGAAGUAUCAGACCGGAACAUAGCCAGAGUACUUUCUAAUUUCUAUUUCUUAUUGAAUUGCAAUAUGAUCCUAAUUAAUGUUGUUUCGUUACAAUAUUUAUGAAUUUAUAUCAAUUUGUGCUAGGAUGUAGCCAUCCAAGAGUAUUUGAUUUCUAAAUGUUUUUCAAGAUUCAGACUUGUUUUUCGUGUGGUUUUUAUUAUUAUUUUCUAUGAUCGUAUAAACAAAAGUUAAUUGAUAUGAUUGCAAUAUUAUUGCGGUGAGUUUGACGGUAACGUUUAAGAUACACUACAAGAAAUUGUACCAUUAAUGACUGGAAAUUCCGUCGUUAAAGUCUAAUAAUGGUCGAUUAACGACGGGAUUUUCUGUCACAAAUCCGUCAUAAAAGGGACGUCGUUAAAUCCCGUCGUCACUACUACAAAAAUGUCCAAAGAGACCUCUAAAAACAGACCCAUUACAUGAAUUAACGGGUCUCUUUAGUUAAAAAGACCUUAUAUUACAAAUAGAGGCUCUCUUAUAUAGACCUGGGCGCACUUACCAGACAAUAAAAUAUAAAACAGAGACCUUUUAGCAUAGAUAAGAGGUCUCUUUUGUAUGUGGGGUCCACUAGUAGAAAAAGUUGAGACCUGUCAUCUCUUAUACUGGGUUUGUUUCCUAAUUUCGAUUAAUACGAAAAACUCUUUGUAUAAUUUUUCCAUAAAAAUAAAAAAUAAAAACGUUGGGAAUAAAAACGAAAAUUCUUUCUCCCUUGUACCAGCGAAAAGUAACCCCUUCAGAUCUAGAGUCAAUCAUCCCCAAAUUGUCACUCCUUCAUUCACAAUCAAAACCCCCAAUUUAUCUUCCUCAAUCAUUCUCCAAUUUCUGCACCUAAUUCGAAGAAAAGCCAAUUCUUUCAAUCUUCAAAUCAACAAGGGUUAUAAAAACCCUAAUUUGUAGAAAAACAAAUUCUUGUAACGAUAUGUAAUUUCAAAAGCUCGGUGGAAGGAAGCGGUGAAGUAAUCUCGGAUCUUGCUGUAGAGCCAAGGUCUCCAUUAAUGAAGCUGCUUAUGGUGAGUAUUUUGUCAUAAUUAGGUUCAAUGGUCGUCCUCAUCUUUUAGUGAAAAAACCCAAAAAGGGUGACGAUAGAGGUGCAGAUCUGCAAUCAAAAAAAUCACAUUUUCGAGAAAUUGAGGCACCAAGCUCUAAAACCGUCACCUUCUUUCCAUUCUCAAACUUCAUAUUUCACUGGUAUUUCCCUUUCUCAUCAAUGUUUGAUUUUCGUUAGAGCUAUCGUAAUUAUAAGCUUUUAUGGUUUAAAAUGGAUGUUAGCCGGCGGCGUAGAUUUGUCGAUUAGGGCACAAUUUGUUAAUUUUUUCAACAUCUCUAGUGAAAUUUUGACCGUGUAGGUAUUUUUAGCUAUUAUGUUUCUCGCUGCUAGAUAUAGGUUUAAUGUUUAUAUGUGUAUUCCAUUGAAAUUGAAAGUGCCUGAUUUGUGACUUUUUCACCCUCCGCCGUUAACGUCGGCAGCAUCUCUGGCAAGUAUUGCCAUUCAUUUCAUUCUCUCUCUUUUUGUCACUCUUAGUUUAAGUGUAAUUUUUGUGUGAUUAUGUAUGAGAUUUACUAGUGGAGUUCAAUUAAUUUGAUGAACAAAUGGAUCACCUUAUUUUCGUAAAAUGUCAUUAUCUAUUGAUUUAUUUCAAAUUUGAAGUGGAACAUUCCUGUUUUUGACGAAUGCUUUGAUUUUAACUAAUUUUUUCGUGUUUUAUAUUGUUAGAAAUAAGAUGGUUAAUCAUAGUUACAAAAGAAUAGAUGGCUCCAACUCCAUUUACUGAUAUUGGCAAGAAAGCCAGAGGUAAUUUGGAUAUUUUUGUUUUUUUGUUAAUUGUAAUUUUAUUUGGUUUUAUGACGCUUGUAAUUCGUUUUAUUUUGUGUGGAUUAUGAUAUUUGUAAUUUUAAUUGGUUUAGAUUCAUUUUAUUAGGUUGGAAAUAGUUGAUUUUGUGGAUAAAUUGGAAUUAUGUGUUUGGAAUGAUACUCACAAGCCAGAGGUGUGUAAUCACCCGGGAAUUUUAUGUUUAUUCGUUGUUCUCUUACACUUCAACUUAAUGUGCAAGAGUUCUAUCUUUCAGGUAGAGCUGGCAAUGGGUUGGGUUGGGUCGAAAUCAGGUCGACCCAUUUAUAAACGGGUUGAGAUUUUCCCAACCCAACCCGACCUGUUUAAUUAAACGGGUUGAGAUUUUCAACCCAACCCAACCCAACAAUAAACGGGUUGACCUGAAAUUGACCCGUUUAAAUUUAUUUUCCACUUUUAAGUGUAAAUUGACUUGACUAUAGAAUUGUGAGGUGAUAUUUUUGUGGUAUAUCUCAUAGCAAAAAAUAAUACUUCAAUAUGUAUUUGACAUGAAUCAAAACUUCAAAUAAUUGUUCAAUGUUGAAGGAAAAAUGAGAAAUAAAAUCUUUUAAAUAACAUUCAACAUAUCUAUAUUACAUACUUGCUUGAACUUAAACGGGUUAGGCGGGUUGUUUCCGGGUCGAACAUUUCAACCUGACCCAACCCAUUUAAUUAAACGGGUUGGUUGGGUUGACCCAUUUAAUUAAACGGGUUGAAAAUCUUGACCCAACCCUUUAUUAUUGGGUUGGGUUCGGGUUGGGUUGGUGGGUUAGGUCAAAUUUUGCCAGCUCUACUUUCAGGUACUACCAUGCCAUGUCACUAUUGCGGUUCGACUUCUAAAGGCAUCACUUAUUAGUGUGGAAUAAAGCGAAAUUGACCUGUUCGAGUUUAACGAAGAAAGUAACGAGGGCGGAACAGGUGCAGGUGCUUCUGAGGGUGAUGCUCAGCCUAGUCCUUCAGGGGAACCAGCUGCAACUAAUACAGUUUGUUCUUUUCAGCAGAUUACUUUCUAAUUACUAGAUGUUGGUGUUCACAAAAAUAUGGAUAUCAAUAAGAUAUCGAGGUUCUCUCCUGUGAGUCAUACAAUGUUUGAUCCUGGUGGUCAUAGAUAAGAAUAGGGGCAAGCCACCCACCUAUAGUCGUUUACGAAGAUUACUGGUUAGCCCUCGUCUAUUUGGGUGUACGACUUCAGAGAUAUACAUAGUAUUUUUUUUUUAUUAGGCUUAUUUAGGUUGUAAAAAGAUAUUAUUCCGGUACUUGCCCAAUUUUUGUAUUUUUAGAGGUAAAACUUAGAUUUAUGAAAGUGAAAAAUCCUGAAUGAAUAAUAUGUAAUUUUGUGUAAAAGAUUUUGGAUGUAAUAUUUGUUUAUCUUUCGGUUGGUAAUAUAAGCAAUUAUCAAUAUGCAAACAUAUCAGCGUAGCUUUUAUUUUUUUAAAUUAAAAAUUGUCAAAGAGACCCGUUAGGUGAGAUGUUGGGUCUUUACUAAACCAUUUUUUAAAAAAACAAAAAUACGGCAAAGAGACCCGUUAGGUGAAAUAGUGGGUCUGAGUUUGGUGAAUAAAAAAAUAAUAAAAAUUCAAAGAGACCCCUUUUCUUACAUAUGAGGUCUGAAUUUAAUGAACAAAGAGACCUCGUAUCUUUAAGAAUGAGUAUUUUCCCCUUCUUAAUUAUUUUAAGUAUGGUUUAUAUAACAUACCCCCUUUCUUACCUGAGGGGUCUCUUGUUUCUAACAAAGAGACCCCCUUUAGAUGAGAGGGUCUCUUAAUCAAAGAGACCUCUGAGAUAGAGACCCCCUCAAAAGGGGUCUUUUAGGCCAUUUUGAAAGGAUCUCUUUGCCCAUUUUUGUAGUAGUGCAUUAACCACGGUUGUUCCCGUCUUUGUUUGGUUGUUAAUUAGCCCCAUUGCAAAAGCUUCUGCGACGGAUUUUUUGAUCUGUCGUUAUUAGGUUGUCAUUAAAGAUACAAAUUCUUGUAGUGAUAGUAAAAUGACAUAAAUUUGAUUGGCGUAGUGUUUCUGAAUUCACCGUGUAAGCAUUGUUUACGGUAAAGAUUCUCCAAUUAGUAAAACAUUAUGUUAAACUUAAAUUAAUUGUUUAUAUCAGGUUACAAGAAUUGAAGAAUGGCCAUGGAAACUAAGGUUCAAAAAGAUGGUGAGUCUUAUUUGAUCACCAUUGGAGACAAGUUAAUCACAACCACUUGGGCGAGGACGGAGUCGGCGGCAAAGAAGUGGAUAAGUCAAGUCCAAAAGAUGUACAAGAAGAACAACAAGAACAAGAAGCAACCCAUGGUUGUCGGCCUCUGGGCGGAUCGAAGCAUCAAUUAUCCUAAUGGCCGUUACACGUAUUGGACUACUAAGUCUAAAUUCAUUCACAAGAACCAUCCGUACGAAGUCAUCAUACUAUGCGCCGGCGACCAAUGUCUCAUGUGGGAAAUCGAAGUACAGCUAAGGAAACCGUACGAUCUUGAGAGUGGUUAUCUCCUUAUUCAACAACCCAAAAUUCUUAAAGACUUCCUUUCCAAUGACCGAACCACGGUCGUCGGAGUAGAGUUGAAUACCAUGGUUAAGAAGCUUCAGAACGGGACCGAUUUUGCGAUCCAUAAGCAAGUGGAGAUCAGAGACUUGGUGGAAGCGAAAUUGGGGAAGAUUGAGACUCAAGGCGAGUUUGCGAAGAAGAGCAAUGUGUGGAGCUUAGUUAAGCCGGUACUUGGGACUGAAAUGGAGGUGGUGAAGCCUAAACAGGUUCCAUGGUUUUCUGAAAAAUCGAGAGAUGUUUUUUCAGAAGAGCUUGUUAAAUAUGGUAGCAUUGAGGCUUUCCUUGUUGCUGAGAUGGGUUCCAAGUUAUUGAAAGAUAAAUCUUAACUUCACUCUGUUAGGUAAAGUGAGUGUAAAAUUGUGUACUCCAUAUGUUCUCGAAUAUUAGUCUUAUUUAGAAUCUUGAACU